UUUGCGAUUGUUAACCGUCGUCUGCUCGUUCAUAAUAUUCAAAGAUACUUUCGAAGGAUAAUUAGCGAAUUAAUCGAGCAGGUACAAAGAUUCAUUUUCGAGUGGAGACAUUUCAAGUACGAGUGAAGAAAUAGUGGUAAAGUGCUUCCAAGACUUGUAAGAUCUCACUGUGAUUCGAAGUAGAUCAACAUGAGUACCACUAGCUGGAAUGGCAGAUGGUUCCACUUGAGAAAAGUCUUGGAGCGAGGUGGACCAUUGGCUCAUCCAGACUUUCAGGCCUCAAAUGAAACACUUGAUUUUCUGUUGGAAACUUGCAAGAUUCUCGUUGUAGGGGCUGGUGGCUUGGGCUGUGAAUUGCUCAAGAAUUUAGCUUUAAUGGGCUUCCGCAACAUCCACGUAAUCGAUAUGGAUACUAUCGACGUUUCUAAUUUGAAUCGGCAGUUCCUUUUCCGUCACUCGGAUGUUGGCAGACCGAAAGCUGAAGUCGCUGCCAACUUUAUCAACGAACGCAUCCCACUGGCCAACGUCACUGCUUACUAUGCCAAAAUCCAGGACUACGACCAGGACUUCUACUCUGGCUUCCACGUUGUCGUCUGCGGGCUUGACUCGAUUAUCGCCCGCCGCUGGAUCAACGGGAUGCUCAUCAGCCUGCUCACAUACGAGGAUGGAGAACUUGACCCUUCUAGCGUUACCCCGUUGGUGGACGGCGGAACUGAGGGAUUCAAAGGCAACGUUCGAGUGAUAUUGCCAGGAAUGAACGCUUGCAUCGAGUGCACUUUGGAUCUGUUCCCACCUCAAAUCAACUUCCCGCUGUGCACCAUAGCCCAUACACCUCGGUUGCCGGAGCACUGCAUCGAAUACGCUCGACUUCUCCAGUGGCCUAAAGAGAAUCCAUUCGGCGAGGAAGUCGCGAUCGAUGGCGACGAUCCAAAUCAUAUUUCCUGGAUUUACGAGAAAGCCCUGCAGAGAGCCGGCGAAUACGGAAUUCUCGGAGUCACGUAUCGUUUGGCCCAAGGGGUUGUUAAGCACAUCAUUCCGGCCGUGGCGUCGACCAAUGCCGUCGUGGCGGCGGCCUGUGCCUUGGAAGUUUUCAAGCUGGCCUCCACUUGCGCCCCCAAAUUGGACAACUACAUGGUUUUCAACGAUACCGACGGGAUUUACACCUACACGUACGCAGCGGAAAGGAACGAGAGCUGUGUGGCCUGCUCUCAGAUCCCCAAAGAUUUGUUCUUCCACGAGAACGCACGACUCAGCGAGGUGAUGGAACACCUAUCGACGACCUACCAGAUGAAGAGCCCUGGCGUGACGACCACCGACAAACAAGGCCGCAACCGCACGCUUUACUUGCCCAACGUUAGCAGCAUCGAGGAACGCACAAGACCUAAUCUCAAGAAAACACUCAAAGAACUGGAACUGAAAGAUGGUGCGCAGUUGAUCGUGGCUGACGUGACCUCGCCGAAUGCCAUCGAAUUCCACUUGAAGUUGGACGCCCCCAUGGAUACGUAGACCUGGACAGGCACACAGCCGAGCAAGAAGAGCACUUACAAAAUUUCGCUUUGAAUUUAAAAAAUUCGAAUAUUUCCCUUUUGAUGAGCGGGAUCGAGAGUCAGAGAGAGAAAAUGGAAGGUGUGUCUUGUGUGUGCUUUUGCUUAUGUGUAACUAAACUAUAUACAAUGCUCCUACUAUUCCUA